AUUUGAGGGCAGAGUGGAAGUUGGAUGCACAGUUGAUGAAAUCAAUGAGCUCAGCAUAGGUGCUGGGGCAGCACCAAUCUAGUUGUUGAUGUAGCAUUGGCUAAAGUUGGGGACUGAUCCCGGUGUGGGUUUGAAACAUUGGCUUUUCCCCCUAGCUGACAAAAAGGCAGGUAUAGCUGAGACCCAUGGCUAAUGCUUUGUUUUGAAGGAUGUGAGAGGAGCCGAAGGAGAAAUUAAGGAGUGAGGGCAAGUUCCGCGAGACAGAGGGCAGUGCUGGUGGAGGGAAGCAGGUUGUGUCUGUUGUCUGGAAAGAAGUGGAGAGCUUCAAGGCCCUUCUCAUGGGAUUGGAGGAUUUGAAGACGUAUCUCAGUUAAAUCCAUUGGAAUCAGGGUGCUGAGAACACACCAGCACUUAUUGAUCUGUUCCAUCAGUGGAAAGUGAUUCAUUCUGUCAUCAAAGCUGAAGAUUCACAGCAGUGAGAGGUCAAUCACUUGCUCUGUGUGUAGGAAGAGAUUCAUUCAUUAGUCUAAUCUGCUGACACGUGAGUGAAUUCUUACUUUGGAGAGCUCGUUCCCCUAGCUUAGACUGUGGGGCUGAAUCAGCUCGGUCAACCCACCGGCAGAUACACCAGUUCACACUGAGGAGAUGCUGUUCACCUGCUCAGAAUGUGGGAAGGGAUUCACUCACUUAUCUAACUUACUGAGACACCAGCGAGUUCACACUGGGGAGAGACCGUUCACCUGCUCAGAGUGCGGGAAGGGAUUCAGUCGGUCAUCUUACCUGAAGGAACAUCAGCGAGUUCACACUGGGGAGAGGCCGUUCACCUGCUCUGAUUGUGGGAAGGGGUUCACUCAGUUAUCUAACUUACAGGCACACCAGCGAGUUCACACCGGGGAGAAACCUUUCACCUGCUCAGAGUGCGGGAAGGGAUUCAGUCACUCAUCUCACCUGAAGGAACACCAGCGAGUUCACACUGGGGAGAGGCCGUUCACCUGCUCCGACUGUGGAAAGGGAUUCACUCACUUAUCUAACUUACUGGCUCACCAGCGAGUACACACCGGGGAGAAACCUUUCACCUGCUCACAUUGUGGGAAGGGGUUCAGUCGAUCAUCUCACCUAAAGGAACAUCAGCGAGUUCACACUGGAGAGAGGCCGUUCACUUGCUCAGACUGUGGAAAAGGGUUCAGUCACUCAUCUCACCUGAAGCAACACCAGCGAGUUCACACUGGGGAGAGGCCAUUCACCUGUUCGGACUGCGGGAAGGGAUUCAGUCGGUCAUCUUACCUGAAACAACAUAUGCGAGUUCACACUGGGGAGAGGCCGUUCACCUGCUCUGAAUGUGGGAAGGGGUUCUCUCAGUCGUGCAGCCUUGUGGCGCACUAUCAAGUUCACACUGCGGAGAGGCCGUUCACCUGCUCUGAAUGUGGGAAGGGGUUCAAUCAUUCAUCCAAUCUCCGGAAGCACUAUGGUGUUCACACUGGAGAAAAAGUUUAAAUAUGCUGUAUUCUGAUAUCCAUCACAGUCACUGAAUCCAGAGGCUGUUUCAGAAGCGACUGUUGGUGUCAAACUCUGCUCAUCAUACCCGGUUCUGCACACUGCUUACUGGGAAUGAGCGAAGUCUCAUCUGCUGAUGUUCACAUUUAAUGGGUCUGGAGUUUAAAAUUGGGGAUCUGAAACAAAUAAAUCAGUUCUAUUUUAA